AAAAUAAAGACAACUACAAGUUUUGUUUGCGGAACCAUUCACCGCUGGGUACCCAUCCCCACACGGACAUGUUUCUUCGACACACUUGUUCACAGACGCAACAUUUGAAAUGGCUGUUACACUUCACUCAGAUCUAGGAGACAUUAAAAUUGAAUUGUUCUGUGAGCGCACACCGAAGGCAUGUGAGAACUUUCUUGCUUUGUGUGCCAGCGGCUUCUACAAUGGUUGCGUCUUCCACCGAAAUAUAAAGGGCUUCAUGGUUCAGACCGGAGAUCCUACAGGCACCGGUAAAGGAGGAACAAGCAUAUGGGGGCGUAAAUUUGAGGAUGAGUUCAGUGAACACUUAAAACAUAAUGUAAGAGGAGUGGUCUCCAUGGCAAACAAUGGUCCCAACACGAAUGGUUCCCAGUUUUUCUUCACCUAUGCCAAACAGCCUCACCUGGACAUGAAGUACACAGUGUUUGGAAAGAUCAUAGAUGGCUUGGAAACACUGGAUGAGCUGGAGAAGCUGCCUGUGAAUGAAAAGACGUUCCGACCACUAACUGAAACUCGGAUAAAGGAUGUGACCAUUCAUGCUAAUCCUUUUGCUGGAUAGCAGAUUUUCACUUUCAUAUGAUACAAUGCUUGUUGCCUUGCUAAAGUCAAAAUACUUUUCAAAUGGUAGAACUGGAGAGUCCACUCACAUGCCCAGACAGUGGGCAGGGUGCUGACUUCAAAGCUACAAAGUGUUAAAUUGUCUUAACUUUUUAUACGGUGUAGUUCCUGAUUUUGCAACUUCAUGUAAAAAAUAUAUAAAAAUCAGGGGGAUGUCUUGUUUCCUUUAAACAAUGAACUUUGUAAACAAAAAUAAAAUAUGGACAUAACUGCCAUGAUAUCACCCAUUGGUUAGUGAAGUCUCAUUCUGAAGUG